GAAAAAAACAUUCAUAACUUAGUGCAUGUACAGUUAAAUGUUCAUUCACGGUACAUGCACCAACACUUAUAGACGUCCAACAUUCAUAAAGCAUUAAUGACGGACAAUAGUUAAUGUGCUGAAUAAACCAGGGACUGUGAUAGGCAAAGUGAUAACAGGCUGCUCAGAAGGGGGGCGUUCACUGUCACAUGUUACAUAAAGGUGACCAAGUCAGUGUGCGUUGCUACUGGACCUCUGCCCUGCAGAAAGGGAACAUUUGUAAGCACCAUUUUUUCAAAGCACGGAGAGAUGGCGGCUUCGCUCCUGAGGAUGGGACGACUGGGUUGUGUCAAGUGCUUGCAGGCUGACAGGUGGAGUACUCUAAGCAAAGCCCCUGUAGCUGUAGCCCUAAGCACAAAAUCUGGAGGUAACAAAAAAUCUUCCAAAAAGAACAUCUCAGACAAAGACAAGGCUAAAACAUACUUCGAUCUAGAGAAACUUGUCCAGCACAAGUCAUAUGUGCCUCCCAAGAAAGAAGUUUCUGCAGCGACAGCCGUAGCUGCAGCUGAAACAGUCGCUGAUCCAGUGCACGGGGUUACUCUCACAGCUUCAGCAACAGAAUCCAUACCUGUUGCUGAAACAGUCUCUGAAUGUGUCCCAGAAGCUGUACCUGUUGCUGAAGCCUCCACUGAAGCUACACCUAUUAUUGAAGUUGUUGCUGAAACUGUACCAGUGGUUGAGGCUGUUGCAGAAUCUUUUGCUGAAGUCGUACCAGUGGGGGAAGCCAUUGCAGAGGCUGCUGCUUUUAUUGCUGAAACUGCUGCCACUCCACCAGGUAAACAGCCUGCUCAAGUUGCUCCCAUUGAAGCAGUCCCUGAGUCAGUGUCAGCCCCUGAAGCCCCAGAGUCUGUGACUGAAACUGCUCCCGUAGAUGUGGCCCCAGAGUCUGUGGCUGAAGCUGCUCCCGUAGAUGUGGCCACAGAGUCUGUGGCUGAAGCUUCUCCCGUAGACGCUGCCCCAGUGUCUGAAGCUUCUCCUGUAGACGCGGCCCCAGAGUCUGUGGCUGAAGCUGCUCCCCUAGAGGUGGCCCCAGAGUCUGUGGCUGAUGCUGCUUCUGUAGACGUGGCCCCAGAGUCUGUGGCUGAAGCUGCUCCUGUGGACGUGACCCCAGAGUCUGUGGCUGAAGCUGCUCCCCUAGAGGCGGCCCCAGAGUCUGUGGCUGAAGCUGCUCCCCUAGAGGCGGCCCCAGAGUCUGUGGCUGAAGCUACUCCCCUAGAGGCGGCCCCAGAGUCUGUGGCUGAAGCUACUCCCCUAGAGGCGGCCCCAGAGUCUGUGGCUGAAGCUACUCCCCUAGAGGCGGCCCCAGAGUCUGUGGCUGAAGCUACUCCCCUAGAGGCGGCCCCAGAGUCUGUGGCUGAAUCCGCUCCAGUAGACGCAGUCCCAGAGUCUGUGGCUGAAGCUGCUCCCGUAGACAAGGCCUCAGCGCCCAUGGCUGAAGCUGCUCCCGUAGACGCGGCCCCAGCGCCCGUUGCUGAAGCUGCUCUUGUCGACGCGGCCCCAGCGCCCGUAGCUGAAUCUGCUCUUGUCGAUGCUCCACCAGCGCCCGUGGCUGAAGCUACUCCCGUCGGAGUGGCCCCAGGAGAGAUUUCUGCCUCUAUAGAAAGUGCUGAAGAGCUGGUGGAUCCUGCUCCAGUCAUAGCUGAAGCAAAAGGAGAGGAACUGCAGGUGGAAGCCCCAGCUGAACCAUCUGAGGCUCCAAUGGACCCAAUUCAGAAGCUCUUCCUGGACUCAAUCCGCGAGUACUCUACAAAAAGCCAGGCUUCUGGGGGGCUGGUCGAUGCAGGUUCAGAAUAUGAGAAGGCUUUAGCAGAGGAGAUUGCAAAGCUUCAGAGACUCUAUGGUGGUGGAGACCUAACAUCCUUCCCUGACUUCAAAUUCACAGAGCCCAUCUUGGAUGAAGUUUCCCAGAAGUGAACAUCAGCACUUUGCAAUGAACAUUUUCUACUGACACCUGUUUCCUGUACAUCCCCAUAGUGGAACAUUAAAUGUCUGCUUACUGUCAUGUUGCAACAAACCCUUGAAUCUGGCUUUGUGUCUGAGACUAGACCUGUUUCAAUGACUAGAUAUGGAAGAUAAAGUAGUAGAUGUCCGUAUUUGGCAGAAAAAGUGAGAGUGAGCUGUGACAUAAACUGUGUAAAUUGAUCCAUGUCAGAGCUUAGUAUAAAGGCGGCAUUAAAUUCCAUUUCAUAUCUA